AUGUCUUCCAAGCUCGACCAGUCCCUUGAGGACAUCUCCAAGUCCCGUCGCCAGAGUGGCCGUGGAAACAAUGGUCGCCGCAGCAGUGCCGCCAAAGCUACUGCUCCCAAGGCGCCCAUUGGAGGAAUCAAGAAGAGCACUAAGCCUGCCAGAGGCCCUGCAAAGGGAACGGCCAUCGGCCCUACUUCCCCAGUGAAUGAGAGCAAGAUCAUCGUCAGCGGACUGCCGCACGAUGUGAGCGAAGCCAGUAUCAAGCGCGACGGUCUGCUGGAAAUGCGCCUUGUUGCAGGAGUCGAGCUCUGUCGCGUCAAGCGCGAUGAAAACCGUGGCGCAUGCGUUGGCCUAGCCGACUUGCCGGUUAUUUCGCUUGCUGACGGUGCUGGAGGUGGCUGA